CGAGGAAAAAAGCAUCGUCGAAAAAACUGGUUCCCACCAGCCUCCUCCCACCUUCACGCAUGCGCAGAAUCCCGCGGUUAGCUCCACCUUCCUUUCCAUCCGCAUCGAUCCCAUCCGGACGACGCCUCCAUCCCCUUCCUCACGAUCCGCAUCGUCCUCCCUCCCACCACCGCUCCCUUCCAGCGUCGCAGACUUCCCUGCAACGCCCUCUCCUCCUCAUCCGUGCUACUGACCCAUUCGUCCCUCCGCCUCCCUCGCGAGGACGCGCCGGCGCUGCCGACUCCCUCCCUCCCUUUUGCCUUCCUUGCGAUGAUGCGCCGCCGCCGCCUGCCUCUUCCUCCAGUGCACCCCCUCCCCCUCCCCCUCCCCCUCCAGGAGAAGCAGGAUCUAGCCGCCGCCACCCGUCACCGUGCACGUGCUGCUUCCAACGUCGCCAGGUAAGCGGCUCUCAGCAUCGAUUCCAUCGUUAGCGACAUCCAGUUCCGUCAAGUUCAUCGAUGGUGGCUGGAACAAGCGGCGGCUGCAGGUUGCGGCCGAAGAGGUUCCCUUUCGCUCAAGCCCCCUCCUAGGAUUCAUCGAUGCUAAUUUGUAGCAAGAGCUAGAGGCAAAAACUCAUGUUACUAUUGUAUUUUGUGUCAUGAUAUUGUUGAUUUUAUCGUCGUACAAUAUAAUGGUGCUUAAUGCUACUUUGGAUAAGGCUGCCAUCCGACCGCCACCGACGACGGACUUGAAAGGCCGCACAGCCAGUCAUCAGAUGAGAGCUUUUCCACAGCAGCAAUAAGCAGUCCAUCCGCCUACAUGAGCUCAUUUUUCCUGUGAAGUUGGCUGGUGAGAUUUUUCAUCUCUGCCUUCUCACUAAAUCUCACUACUAUUGUCUUGAAUGCAGGUUUCUUAAAAUUAAGUCUACUCCAAUUGGCAUGAGCAACUGUGCACCUAGCUUCACAUGGAUUUCUCAGCUCUUUUUUCCUAGAGAAUGAUUGUGACUUGGUGUAUAUUUUCGAUGGAGCAUUCACUCAAGUUCAGAAAUUCAGACAUCCCUCAGGUCCAAUCACCUUUUGCAAACAAAUUGGUUCAGCUCAAAAUCAGCAUAGAAGUUGAUUGCUUAAGAAGACUAUACGUGAAGAAACUGAAGACUUUACAGGUUGCAUACCCGUUUACCAAUUUUGCUUCCCCAUCACUGACAAACAGCAACUUCGGUGCAAAACCAAUGGUUAUGCUCUUUGGUCAAUAUUAUACAGGGAAACAACUUUGAUUAAGCACCUGUUGAAAACGAGCUACCCAGGUUUUCGGCUUUAUCUAAUACAGAAUACCUGAGUUUCAAUGUUAGGCACACCAUCCAUUUCAAUGGUAAGAUAUGCAAGGAUGGCUUAUUGUACUCACUAAUGGGGUAGCAUGCGGCCUUCAUAUACGGACCAAUAACACUAGAGUGCUAUGUCCAGCUUUAUCAUAUUUAUAACAUGAAUUAUUUUGUGAAGCUAUCCUAUUAUGUGAGAUUUUGAUAAUUGUUGUUACAUUUUAGUAAUAGUGUUCCAUGUACCAAAUGAAAAACUUUGAAUUAGAAA